AGGAAGGAGGAGGAGGAGGUCGGUCGGUGGAGCUGAGGUGGUCAGCAGCUGGAUCAUCGGCGUUCGUGGCGUCUGUCCAUUCCGUGCCUCGUCUCUCCCUGGGAGGGGAGGGGGGCGUCGACGCUAAGCAGGAGUCGCCGCGGGCCCGAGCGUGAAGUCGCCAGGACUUCUCUCCGACUUGUGUGCUGCGGAGACUCAGAUGUUGGCCUCAGCUCCUAGGCUGAACUCGGCAGAUCGGCCCAUGAAAACCAAUGUAUUGAGACAAAGGAAAGGAGCCGUGAGAAAGCAACAUCUAUUAUCCUGGGCUUGGCAACAAGGAAGAGGACAGGUAGUGGAGACCCUGCAAUCUGAGAAGCAGACCGAAAGGUGACAAAGAAACGGAAGAUGGGUGGUGGAGAGAGGUAUAACAUUCCAGUCCCUCAACCUAGAAAUGUUACAAAGAACCAACAACAGCUCAGUAGACAGAAGACCAAGGAUCAGAAUUCCCAGAUGAAGAUUGUUCAUAAGAAAAAGGAAAGAGGACAUACUUACAACGCAUCAGCAGCUGCAUGGCAGGCCAUGCAAAAUGGGGGGAAGAACAAAAACUUUUCAAAUAAUCAGAAUUGGAACCCUAGCUUAUCAAGUCCCACCUUACUUUUUAAGUCUCAAACUAGCCAGAACUAUGCUGGAGCCAAAUUUAGUGAACCACCAUCACCAAGUGUUCUUCCUAAACCACCGAGCCACUGGGUUCCUGAUUCCUUUAAUCCUUCUGAUAAGGAAAUAAUGACAUUUCAACUUAAAACCUUACUUAAAGUACAGGUAUAAUAGUACUAAUGUUCAAUGUUAUAUAUUUAAGGGUAACUUGGUUUAAAACAUUCACUAGGGAAUUAAUUUGCAAAACUGAUUAAUGUAGAAAAUAACUUCUUGUGCACUGUGAUAAUGGGAAGUAACAGUGCAAAUUAAAAUAUUAAUUAUUGUAUUUUGUAUUAAGUAUUUUCAAUUGAGUAACUUAAACCAUUUAUGUUUGUGAAAUGGUGAAAGAAUAAAAUUUUUUCUAUUUUUGGUGGAGAAAUACUGAAGACUAUCAUUUAUGAACCAGUAGAUUUACUUGUUGAAAGCUCGUGGAUGUUUUUAAAAAUGUCUACUAAGACUUAAGGACUGAAAAUGAGCUUAUUCUCAAAGCUUAAUAUCUUAAGUCAUACCCAGACCAGUUACAAGCCAACACCCUGAUGCACUGCUGAAAGAAAAUGUGAAUUUUUCCUGAGAAUAGCUGUAUUUUAGUAAACUAUGGUAGCAGGUGUGAAAAGGGUGCAUAGAAGCGAUUUAGACUAUACUCUGAUGAGCCUGCUUCUUGGAGUGGAAUUGGUGAGUGCCUGCCAACAGCACCAAAACCAUUCUUCAUAGAAACAGUAUUUGGUGAUCACUGAGUAGCUUUUGAAAUACGUUUUUGUAUUAUAGCACUGCUCAAGCUAUUCUCACAGUGAUCUGACCUCAAUCAUUCCUGUAAAAGCUUGUUUAAAGCUGAGGAACUGUGUAAUGUGAAAAUUAAAAUACUAGGAAAGAGCCAUGUAAAUAUAGACUUGUAGCAUAUGUAAAGGGUUUUUUUUUGGGGGGGGGGGGUGGGGGCAUUUAACCUACAAAAAUUGAAUAUUUUAGUAUGAAAUGGCUGAAUGUAAAGUGACUGACCGUGAACUCUUAAAAUGCUAUGGCCUAAUUUUAGAGGUCAAUUGUUUUUAAAGUUUGCUCUGUGAUAAAAUAGUUCCAAUGUAUGUAAAUUGGUCUGGUUGUAAACUAUUCAAAGUUCCUAGUAUAAAAAUUUUAUAUAACUGAAAACGUUUUAAGCAGCUAAAACAUUUUUUUAAAGAGGUGUGGAGUGCAGUAUGAAACUUUUAAAUUUUCAUAAACCCAAAGAGUAACAACUACAGGGUUCCUUCGGCCGUAGACUCUUGGCUUUCACUAAUUUUGUAACCUGGUUAUAGUAAUAUACCCAUGUUUCUUUUCAUCAGUUAAACAGGCAACCCAGAGGGCCACUAAUGCAAAAUAUGUAAUCUCUUGCAUAAUGUUAACCUUGAUAAUAUGUCUUACUAUAAAUCCUAAUUAACCCAGUAAUAAAAUUUUAAAAGUGUUUGGAGUCAAAAAUAAAAUAUUCUGAGUUGUAAGCAUGUUUAUAAUUUGGUUGCCUUUUUUGAUUUUUUUUCAGCAGAAGGCUAGUUUUCUAAGUUCUGACAGUAACCCAAAUGAUAUUCUAAAAACAAAGUAUUUAAUUUACCUAAAUUAAUUUGAGACAUGAAAUAAAGUUACUUUUUUCUCCCA